GUGUGGUUCGCAUGCAAGUAAUCCUUAUUACAUGACACACGGUGCCGCCAACCUGGGCGACUGCGCCUUCGCUAUGUCUUCUCAGUCGUCGCUCGAGCGCGUCGCGACGCGAAGCCUUAUUUUCCGUGUUACGCAGUGACUCCUACAGCCUGAGAAGUCACGUAAUGCUUCGCCGAAAAGAGACGACACUUUCGCAAACGGCCGCUGUUUGUUCCCCGUUCCUUUAGUCGUUCACCUGGUAACGCGUCUUUAGUGAUCGCACCAUGUGGAACCGCAAGGUGUUCAUCAGAAUAAUCGAAGUGCUCCUGUGCGUCGCCUGCGUCGUGGCGCUUAGGGUGACGGACGAUGAGAGCAGAAGAGUGUUCCAUUACUUGAGGAAUCGCAGCAGGGAGUGGUCGCUGCUGAACAACGUGACAUGGGGCAGCAUAGGCGCUGCCCUCGCGACGGCGACCUGCGGCGGGUACGUAAUCGUAACGACGGGUCUUUUAAUCGCCGCGGCCACCGGGGAACUCCACGGCCGAAAGACGGAAUUUUUCUUGCUCGGACUGGGUGUGAUCCUCUUUGGAAUAGUCGGCGCCUUGUCGCUGGCGUCCAUCGACAGUGUCCCCGAGGAUCUGGUUGACAAUGCCGCGGUUUUGGGUGCGCUGUGCUUAUUCACGGCAUUGAUAUUCAUCGGGGAUCUGUUGAUAUUCAUCGGGGAUCUGCUGAUGAGUCCGCCCCGCAAGAAGGAUAAGCAGGACCAAGCACGGAUCAUCGAGAAAGAUUUGGAGAAGCGCCAGGUGACGCCGGUAGUGACCACCGAGGACACGAAGAAGUCGAAGCCAACCGUCGUCAAGAUCACCGACGAGGAGAACGGUCGCGUGAACGAUGCUUUCCAGAAGGCAGACGACCGUCACUCGCGAUCGCAGCAGGAUUCGCCGGGUACACGCCCGCGGGAUACCCGGGACGAUCGCGAGCUUCGCGGCGAUCAGGAGCCGAGGGAGAACUUCGAGAAUGGCCGAGCUCUACGUGACUCGCAGCGGUACCGAGGUGAUAUCGAGGUGCCGCGUACGAUCGUGCACGAUCCGGAUCGCAGGAUCGACGAGUCCAGGAUAGUGUACAAGAGUCGAGACAUCUAUCAGCGGCCGAUCGACGAGAUCGACACACCACGAUUUCCGAUGGAGUACGAGAAGGGAGAUCCGGUCUUCGCGAGAAUCGUCAAUCCGAGCGUGAAGAUCAUGAAGGUCGAGCGAGAUGUGGAGGAGGCCAUUGACAACUACAACAGAUAUUCGGACAACAGCCAGUAUGACAACGUGCCCAUCAGGAUGCGUGGCUCAUCGGGAAUCCUCAAGGGUCACCAUCGCGACGUCUCCUUCAACGUGCCACCACCGCCCAAGGAGUACCGAUCCAGAAGAUCCAAGGACGACAUCGAGAUGCUGCAGGAGUACUUCGGCGUACUGAGAACCACCGGCACGCAAACCGCGAGGGUACCAUCCUCGCCGACCGAUCCGGGAUACGUUCGGCACACUGCAAGUAACUGGCCGCAGGACGUUAAAUCGAGCACACCGAGACCUAGCCCGGAACACGAUAGAAUUUAACCCUUUCAUGCACACGCGGGUAUUUUCUCGGUCUCUUUUCUCUAAUUACAAGUUCAUUGGCCACUUUUAGUUCAGUUAAGAAUAUCAAUUACUUGUUUCCUAAUUAGUAAAGUUAAUAAUUAAUGAUUAAAACUUUUCGAAAGUUCUUUCACUAAUCUUGUAAUACUAAUAUCUACAUCCCGCUAUCUUUCUGCAAUUUCUGAGACUUGUUAAAUAUUUUCACAAGCAUUUAGUCAUGAAAGGAUUAAAGCAAGACAUAGCAAUCGUUAUUAUUAUAUACUUCUCGACAAUUUUUUGUAAGAUUUUUGUAUAUGGUAAAGAUGUAACAAUUAAGGAACGAAACUCGUUAAGUCCAAAAACAUUUACUCUUUGAAAAAAAUAAAAAAAAAACUAUACUUUAAGUUGAAAUUAAGUGGAAAUUUUUUUAUAUGUAUUUACAAUUAAUACGAAACUCACUUAAUCAAUCUUAAAUUUAACGACAAUAAAACGAGGAUUUUGGACUUAAUUAUUGUGUACCAAGCACACGCGCGAGAUAUCACGCAUUUAUACUUAAAUAGUGUUAAUUAUAAUAAAUAAAUUAGAAGGAUAGCUACCACAGGACUGCAAUCAUUUCGGAACUUAAGACUCACUGCAGUCAUCUUGAAUUGAUGACGUUAUAGGCGACGAGAAAAUACACGAUGACAAUUCUUGCAACGUACAUUAAAAUGAAAAUGUUUUUUAAUAAAACAACAUUACUUAGUAAUCGAUAGAGCAGAUAUGUAAAAUAAUCGAAAAUUCCCUCUUUGGUUGGGUGAUAUCAAAAUAAAUAAUCCAUAUAUGUCUAAUUGAAAUAAAUAUUUGCUUUCAGGUAUAAAAUUGUGACAAAAUGGGGUCAAUAUAUUUUAACAUCACGGUAAUUAUUUGUCUAAAAAAAUGUUGCACUAAAAUAAAAAAUAACGUUGAACGGUGCGAGAAAAAUUAAAUUAUAUUUUUUUACGCGUACAUUGAAUGUACAUGUAUCUAUUACGUAUUUCGCAUCGAGACGAUUUUUUUUUUACUUCACCGUUUUGAAUUAAGUCGCCACUGUCAAUGCGAACUUGGCAAACAGGAGUCUUAGGUGUCUUUCAAUAAUUUUUUUUAGUUUAUAUGUCCGUUACUUUUGAGAGUUUUAUUUUGCAGACCUGUGCGGUAGUUUCGGGAUUACGAGACAAGAGAUUCGGGAAGGAAUAACACAUCCUUUUUUUACACGUAAAAAUUUCAAUAUAAAGUUAAUAUCUUCGUUCACAUCUCGUACUCCUCUAUAUGCAUAUACGUACAAUUAUUAUUAAUAAUCUGAUGAUUACAUAUAUAAUCGCUGCAUGGUUAGUUCACCUGUUCAACACUCAUCGGGGACGCGUGUUAAUAUCAAUGUUAAUAUUACACUGCCAUGAUAGAUGUAAUUUCUAUAUUCGCAUUUAUUCCUCACAGUCAACGUCCAAACUGUUGAAAGUACCAAUUAUUCCUUGUCUGUUCUCUUUAUGAACUCCUUAAAACGUAUAAAUAAAUGCUAUACAAGUCCAUCGUUUCAAGUCAUCCGAUAUGGACGAUUUAGAUA